UGUUAUCGAAGAUCUUGUUCUCUCUCUUACGGUGUGAAUGCCAUCUUACAUGAUCGUGCCUGCAUAAUCGGCGAACGGUUCCAGUCCAUCUGGUCCUCGGUGUUGAAAAUCUGCGAGUCGUAGUAUAACUCCAGCUGGCGUCGAUAGUGUAUUCACAUAAUCAAUCUUCCGAUUAAUUUCGACGCGUAUUGCCUCAGGCUCAUUUUAGGACAUUGCGUAGUGUUACUAUCUACAUAUCCCUUGGCGAUUAUAAUGAAAUAUUUUGUAUAUACAAGAAGAAAUUCUAUUAUCGCGACCAGCUGGAAAUGUUUAAUCUUGGAUCGAUCAUACGUUAAUCAUCAACGAAUUUUCGGUAACAGCAGCUACCGUGGACUCACACUAUGAAUUCUUCUAUUCAUGUACCACUUGUAAAGUGGACAGUUCCGGCGGUAGCUCUUGUCGUCGCUCUCUUUUGGUACAAACGCCGUCGGAUAGACAGAGAUGAACUUCAGUGGAAUGACUCAGGGGGGACUGCAAAACCGAACUGUGUAAAAAAAGCGAUUUCAAAUAAUACGCAGGAGGUUGACAUUAACAUUGAUGAUUCCAGCGUUCAGAAAGAGAUCAAUCAGGGAUCCUCAAUUGACUGCUGCUACAUGCAAGAAGAAGAACAAACUCGCAUCCCAAGAAAGAUCAGCGAGACCAUGGAUGUUCCGUUAAAAAAUUCAGCGUCGCAAUCUGCUUUUUGUAGCAGCAGCCAGAAUAUGUACGAAGAUGUUGAAAUAUACAAUACAGAAGUAGAGUUUGGCAGUAGUAAGUCAAAUACAAGCUUGUUUGAAAUGAUCGCUACGAGUGCAUCUUUCAAGUCUAAUAAGAACGACGACGACAACGAACCGAGAAUAUUUCAAAACGUUGCUAAUGAGGAGCAGACUGUGCAUUGCGAGACACGGUCACCUGAACAAAAUUAUACGGAUGAGUAUCAUUAUAAGGAGAAUGAACAGCAAUCCGAGGGACACACUAUCAAAACUCAGGGACAAGAGGUUAACGAAAGGGACUCAGCCAAUCACAGCCCGGUUUCCGUAGUUCUGGACGGCAGUGUCACGGACGAAGCUGGGAGCGAAGGAAGCAACACGGAUAGUGGAAAAGGUGGAAGUAUUAAUGGAUGCAGAAAAGACAACAUUGCAUCAUCCACGUAUGAUUUUGCUAUACCGCAACAUCUAGUGGGCAGAUUGAUUGGUCGUCAUGGUAGCUUUUUACACAAUAUUCGUACAAAGGCAAACGUCGGCAUAUACGUCAAUGAUCACCCUUGCGAUGGUGAUCAUAAGAUUUGCUCGAUACGAGGCAGUGUUGAGGGAAUUAAUGUCGCGCUUAAAAUGGUAAGGCAGAAGUUUCCAGAGAAAAGAUUCCCGCAAGUAACAUUAUCGGAGAUCUCAACAAUAUCCGAGGUGAAUGAAGAAGUUACGUACAAUGUCUUUAUACAACGACCUCUGUCCCUGGUUGAUGGCGUUAAUAAUGACAUCAAUAUCUGUCACAUCGUCAAACCAAAUUGGCUCUUUGUUCGUCUUCCGACUCAUCCGUCAUUUCCCCUUUUACAAAAUUUAGAAGACAGCAUGCAGUAUUGGUAUAACACAGAAUCAGUACCAGUUCCAGAUGUAUUGAACAAGGGCGAUUACGUGGCUGUAUAUUGGAUGGAGAAUUGGGUUAGAGGAUAUAUUGAAUGGCCAGAUCCAUCGGGAGAGAGAAGCGUAGUGCGAUUACUCGAUUACGGUGGUUAUUGGUCGGUUAGCAAUUCGGAAUGUAGACCAUUGAUAUUAAAUUAUUUAAGCUUGCCCUUCCAAGCGAUUGAAAUCUUUUUAGCAAAUAUUCAGCCAAAAAAUGGUAAAUGGUCGUCAGAAGCUUACAAUGUGGUACAGAAUUGUUCUUCAAAGGGAGUUGCACAAGCGCAGAUUGAAGGUCGUAUUCAAAGUAAUACUUAUGCAAAUAUUUAUUUUAUCAUACACAAUUAUGGGGUAAUUUCCCUUACUGAGGAAUUGAUAACAAACGGAUACGCUGAAAGAGUAAUAUGGGAGGACAUGAAGCCAGAAACACUUGAAUCCAUAUGUACAUAAGAGUUGUAAAAAACUCUAAAAUUUUCAAAUUUCCUACCGAAUUAUCAUACAUAAUCUACAGUUCUUAGUCAGUAUGGACUAGAGUUUAGUACAAUCGCGUCAAAAUUGAUUUUGCUUUUUGACUUUGUUCCGUAACUUGUACUUCUUAAUUCUUUAUUGAAGUCUCUGUGAAUAUUCUGACAUAUAUUUCCUUAAUGAUUGAUUAUAUACAUAGAGAAAGUAAUAACGCAGUAUAUAUACAUAUAUAUAUCAUUCUAAUAAUGAAUAAGGCGAUAUUUCGCUGUACAGAAAACACGUAUUUUUGCGUUUAAGUAGCAUUUAGUACUCCCUUAACAUUGCUCAGAAAAAAUGCAUUUUGUAAGUACAAAACUUGUUGUUUCAAACGAGUUCUGACAAGUACAAAAGAUUUAGUCCGAUAACGUAAGAACCUUUUUUUACAGCAACUCUUUAAAUUGUAUCUCACUCGUGAUAUCUUCUCUCUUUUAUCUGGAAAACUGAACUUUUCUUCGGUAAAGUUAUUUGCAGGACAAAUCUUUCAGAUAAUUUCAUAUAAACAUUCAGAAAACUGCUUUCGUUAUCUAAGCUUAAGACUGUCGUAAAGAAGAUGCAACUGUGCUUAACUCUUCUAUAUCCUUGUACUUUUGUAUAUAUUGUAAAAUAGUUUUCCCGAUUGUAGAAUAUUUAAAAAGAGAGAAAUUUAUAAAGAUUUGCUAUGAUGUAGAUCGUAGAGUAGAAAAACAACUUUGCAUUUUACAAAGUAGCGUCACAUGUAAAUUAAAAUUGUAUCGAAUAACUCAGACGAAUUAGGAAAUUCGUUUCUACGUGACUCAUAUUCAUUUCUGAUUAGGGACGAUUCGAGAAUCCAUCAAAAUAACUUAGCUUUUUUUUCACGUUAAUUUUAGAUCACCGUAGAUCAAACUUGUUACUGUAAAAGUAUUUGUUAAAUGUCGCAUUUCAUUGAAUAUCUCAUUUCAUUGAAUGAAUG